AUGGUCAAGGAGCCGAGAAACCUCGCCAAGGCAUCAUCACCAUCCCAAGUCGGAGGGGAGUCCACAUCCUCUCAAGGAGGGUUGAGCUCGCCACCGUCCUCUGUCUCAUCCACUUUCGACCAUGUGGACAGCGGGCUUCUCAAACACAAAGUCCCAAAUACCAUCAACACCACCGCCACCGCAGCCGAGGAGGUGAUUUCAGCCCCGAUCCGGUACAUCCAGUCCCUGCCGUCCAAGGGUUUCCGAGCUGCCCUGGUCGACUGCUAUGGCAUGUGGCUGGACGUGCCGCGACGUGACAAGGACAUCAUCAAAACCGUCAUCAGCUGCCUGCACGAUUCUUCCCUCCUCCUGGACGACAUUGAAGACGACUCCAAGCUGCGUCGAGGAUUCCCUGCCACGCAUCUCGUCUACGGCCCCGCGGCGACCAUCAACAGCGCCACAUAUCUAUACAUCCAAGCCGUACAGGCCGUGCAUGAUCUGGGCUCUAGAAAACCAAUGGAUGUGCUACUGCACCGCAUGCGGCAGCUCUUUCUCGGCCAAUCUCUGGACCUACACUGGACUUUCAACCGGAAAUGUCCUACCAAGGCCGAAUAUUUUGACAUGAUUGAGCAAAAGACCGGGGCGUUCCUAUCGUUGGUUGCGGAGCUUAUGAUGGCUGCUGCUGCUGCUGCUGCUGCUGCUGCUGCUGCCGACGACCGCGGAGCCUCCGCCGAGGACGCCCCCGACCAUAUAUUCGAAGCAUUUUCGUACCGGUCCGGGCUGUACUUCCAAGUCCGCGACGACUACCUCAACAUUACCUCGGCCGACUACGCAGACACAAAGGGCUUCGCCGAAGACCUGGACGAGCAAAAGUUCUCCUACCUGCUCGUGCACCUCGCGCACGCCCGGCCCGACUUGAUGGUCCAGGUCGAGGGCAUAUUCAAGGCCAUGCGGACCGGAAAGACGGAAAACGCCGAGACCAAGAGGUACCUGGUUUCUCUGCUGUACAAGAGCGGCGCCGUGCAGGCGACAAAGGAACUGCUGCUCCGGUGGCAAGAUGAUAUUGUCAACGAGAUUGACGUCUUGGAAAAGCACUUUGGGACGCCGAAUCCGUCCCUGAGGUUGCUGAUGGAAAGUUUGUGGAUUGAUUCGUAG